AGUAUCAAAAUACUAUCGUCGAGUGAAAUUCUUUAUGAUAAUUCGACUGUAUAUGUGCUUUUUCCAAACUCCAAACCUCCGCCUCCGCCUCCGCGUCCGCCUCCGCCCCCUGCCCUGUCGCGAUUGAUGGAGGAAAAACAAGAGCACAGUAGGGAUAUGGAAGUAACGUUUUGAAUGACGCUGAUGCCAGUUUCUCGCUCCCUCCUCUCCUCCCCUCAUCCCACCCCCAAAUCUUCCUUCCACCUCCACCUUUUCGUCCCGCCGCCGAGCACAGCAGUAGGAAGAGGAAGAGGAAGAGGCAGCCGCAGUAGUUGUUGUUGUUGUUGGAGCACCAUGUCCCCUCCGCGCCCAUCACCAGAAUCAUCCUCGUCGUCUCUCCUCAGCAGCAGCAGCAGCAGCGAUGAUGAUAAAAAUGGUGUGGAAUUGGUUAAGAAAUACCACAACCAAACAAAGCACUCUCUCUCUAGAUACGCCAGUGGCCCUCAUGGCCUCGACUGGGCCAACCAACCCAACCCCUUUCGUCGCUACAUCUCCGCUCCCCUCCUCCACCCCCACAACCAAACCCAACUCCAACUCCCUCACUACCCAUCUCUAUUCCGCAACCUUCCCCUUCCUUCCCUCCUCUCUCUCUUCUUCCUCUCUCUCUUCCUUUUCAACUCCCUCGCCCUCUCUGCCUGGAAAACCACUGGCUUCUCCACCUGGUCUCUUCGCGUCAACCCCAGCAGUGGCAACCUCCACCCCACAGAAGCCUACAUUCUCUCUCCUCCCCUCUCUAACCUCUCUCCAACCUCUCAUUUCGUCGCUCAUUACGCCCCCAAAGAGCACGCCCUCGAGCUCAGGGCCAACGCUCCUUCUCGACUUUGGGAAGGCCUCCCAAAUGGCUCCUUCUUUGUCGGCCUCAGCUCCAUCUUCUGGCGCCAGGCUUGGAAGUAUGGGGAGCGUGCAUUUCGUUACUGCAACCACGAUGUCGGUCACGCAAUUGCGGCCUUGGUCAUUGCUGCAGCCUCUCUCGGGUGCGACGCUCGCCUCCUUGAUGGGCUUGGCCAAUCCCAUAUUCGAGCUUUGAUGGGCCUUCCUGAUCACCCAACUCUUCCAACAACUUCCCGACCGGUCAAGGGUUGUUUCUCUGCACUUGAGCACGAACACCCCGAUUGCCUCGUACUACUAUUCCCUGCAUCUUCCCCUGAAUUCUCUGCAAAUUAUGCAUCUAUGGCCUCUGCGAUCUCUAAACUUUCGGCCUCCUCUGAGUGGAAAGGUAAACCUAACUCUCUGAGCAAGGAGCAUGUUUACUGGGACAUUAUUUACUCCAAGGCUCGCCUUCUUGAGAAGCCCCCGAGGACAGAGGAAGGGUUCCAUGUUCCCCCAUUUAGGAGCAGUCCUUUGUUCAAUGAAAAUUCUUACAAGGCAUUGACAAUCGGAGAGGUUGUGAGGAAGAGAAGGAGCGCGGUGGACAUGGGCAGGUCUCAUGUCAUGCACAGGAAGGCAUUCUAUCAGAUACUUCUCCAUUAUCUUCCUUCUGGUUCUUGCAGUGAAGGGAAGCAAGGGGAGCAAUUUGCUAUGCCUUUUAGGGUUCUCCCGUGGAAGGCUCAGCUUCAUCUUGCUAUUUUGGUGCAUAGAGUUGCAGGGUUGGUCCCUGGUCUGUAUUUUAUGGUGAGGAAUGAGGAGCAUUCUGGGGAGCUUAAGAGAGCGAUGAGGCCAGGGUUUGAGUGGGUGAGGCCGGAGGGAUGCCCCACUGAUUUGCCGCUCUACAGGCUUGCUGUGGCCGAUUGCAGGGAGCUUGCCAAGAUAAUCUCUUGUCACCAGGAUAUUGCUUCAGAUGGUUGUUUCAGCUUAGGUAUGGUGGCUCAUUUUGAGCAGGCUUUGCAUGGAAAAAAUGUCUGGAUGUAUCCACGGCUGUUUUGGGAGUCUGGAAUUAUUGGUCAAGUGCUAUACUUGGAAGCUCAUGCAGUAGGAAUCUCUGCAACAGGAAUUGGUUGCUACUUUGAUGAUGCAGUUCAUGAUGUGCUGGGGUUAUCAGAUGCCAAGUUUCAGAGCCUCUACCAUUUUACAAUGGGAAGUCCUGUAAUUGAUGGACGGAUAAUGAAUCUUCUUGCUUACCCUGGCCCUGAAAUAGAUGCGUGAUAUGUAAUGUUGCUUGGAGGUGGGACUACGCAUCUAUAAGUGUAUAUCCUUAUUGUACAGACUUCAUAAAGCAUAAUAUAAUUUGAAGGUUUUGGAAUUU